AUGAAUGAAAAGUUGGACGACAUCACCAUUUCUUCUUCAUCAAAAAAACAAACUACUUACACAGAUGAUAUGUCAAAGUGUAAUGAUUCUUUAACAGAAAAAGAAGAAAUUCAUUUUAAAGAGAUCAUACCUGAAAAAUCAUAUCAAGAAAAUGAAGAAACAGAUAUUGAAAUUGUAAAUAAACUCGCCACAAUUGAUGAUGAUCCAAAUAUGGUAGCUUUUACCUUUAGAUCUGUAUUGGUGGGAGUAAUUCUUUCUGGAAUCAGUUCAUCAGUAAGCCAAUUAAUGUUAUUCAAACCAGUGGGGAUUCCAUUGACUACAACUUUUAUGUUGAUGGUUGGUUAUGUGUCUUGUAAAGCUAUGGAAAAAUAUUUACCUACUGGGGGAUGGCUCAAUCCUGGACCUUUUAAUACAAAAGAACAUACAUGUAUCUAUGUAAUGGUAUCAUCGGCUAAUACGGCUGCUUAUGGUACUAUGGUACUAGCUGCACAACAUUUAUAUUAUCACAAUGUCCCAUCCGUUUUAGGUUCAAUAGCUAUGUUACUUGCUACUCAAUUAGUAGGUUAUGGUAUUGCUGGUCAACUACGACAGACCUUAGUUUAUCCUGCAAAAAUGAUUUGGCCGGCAUCUCUUCCUACUAUUUCUCUUUUACGUACACUUAAUGCCAAUAAUGAAGAAUCAAGAUGGAGAACACGUUUUUUCUUUAUUACUUUUGCUGCCAUCUUUAUUUACGAAUUCAUUCCUCAAUACAUGUUUCCUCUCUUAGGGGGUAUAUCCGUAGUAUGUCUCGCUAAUCGUAAAUCUAUUUGGGCUCAACGUUUAUUUGGUGGUCUAGCAGUGAAUGAGGGCCUUGGUAUCCUACAACUUAGCUUUGAUUGGAAUUACUUGGCAUCAUUGUCUCCUUUGGUAUUUCCUCUUUGGGUUCAAAUGAAUAUAUAUGCUGGUGUAUUACUUUUGUAUGUGUUGGCUCCACUAUUAUAUUACUUUGACGUUUGGAAUGCUCAAAAGUUCCCAUUCAUGUCCAAUUCUCUCUUCUUUCUUAAUCAAACUACUGGAGAAUCCAAAGUAUAUCCUCAACAUCAAGUGCUCAACCUUGAUAACUCGUUGAAUUAUACAAAAUUGGAACAAGUCGGUCAUCCUCAUUUUACUACUCUUGGUGCUAUUGGUUAUUUGUUUAUGAAUUUUGCGGUUACAGCCUCGGUUACUCAUGUUCUACUUUAUCAUGGUAACAUCAUUUGGGAUACUAUCUCUUCUACAAGAAAAAAACUCGGUGCAAGUACGGAUAUACAUAUGAGGUUGAUGUCUGUUUACAAAGAGGUACCAAACUGGUGGUAUUAUUGUUUAUUUGGUGGUGGUAUAGCUAUGAAUAUUGGUGUUGCCUAUGCGAAUGAAAGUAGAUUACCUUGGUGGGGUGUUAUAACAGCUAUUUCUAUUUCUUUGGCGCUCUCUCUCCCUUUGAAUAUGAUUGAAGCCGUGACUGGACAAGGAUUUGGACUCAAUGUGUUUGCUGAAAUGGUUGGUGGCUUUCUCUUUCCAGGACAACCCGUGGCCAAUAUGUACUUCAAAACACUUGGUUAUAACACAUUGGCACAAGCUGGACGAUUGGCUCAUGAUCUCAAGAUUGGGCAUUAUAUGAAAGUACCUCCACGGUUGGUUUUUUUCCAUCAAAUGCUUGGUACUGUCGUUGGCAGCCUUUUCAACUAUCUAAUCAAUACUAUCAUUGUUACUAGUCAAAAGGAAAUAUUACUGGAUCCUGCAACAAAUAGUAAUACUUGGAAUGGUGCAUCGAUACAAGCAAUGAAUGCAGCAGCGAUAUCAUGGGGAGCUAUUGGACCUAUGGCAAUGUUUGGACCAGAUACACAAUAUUCCAUUAUACUUUGGGCAUUUUUAAUAGGAUUCAUAUUACCACUUCCAUUUUAUUUCCUUCAUCGACGGUUUCCGGAUGUUGGAUUCAACUUGGUCAACGUUCCAAUGAUUCUUGCUGGUUUACUGAUUAUGCCUGGAUCUGCCUCUUCCUAUGUCCUUGUCUCGUUUAUUCUCACCAUUUCUUCACAAUGGUAUAUCAAAAAGUAUCGUCGCGACUGGUUUGUCAAGUACAAUUAUCUUGUGUCAACAGCAUUGGAUUCUGGCACGUCUUUGAUGGUCUUCUUUGUGGCUUUCGCUUUGAUGGGUGGUGGUGAUGGAAAUGCUUAUCCUUUCCCAGUCUGGUUUGGGAAUAGAUCAGAUGCCAAAUAUGCUGAUUACUGCUGUAUGGACUGCAAAUGAUUUUUUUUUUUAAUAAUUAGCUUUAGCUUUUGAACCAAAUUAUCCCCCUUUUUUUUCAAUAAAGACCGGCCAACUAUUAACUAUUCUCCUACUUCUAACGACUGUAUUUAUGUUGUGAUGUCCUAUUGUUGUUAUUAUUACCUCGCUUGUCAUGAUCCUUCAUUAGGUACUAUUCGUCCAUCAUCACAUUUUAUCUAUAAAAAGGAAUCUGAAU